ACACCAGUGACCAGUGGCCUUGUUUACUGGAUUGGGUUCCUUGUCUACCACCAGUCACUUCCACUCUCAUAAAUCCCUGCCUCAAGUUCCAAUCACCUCUGCACCCAGCUUUACAUUUUGGCUACUGCGCUGGCGGCAAGCCUCCUCAGGUCCCAAAUUAACCGGUUGUCUUUAUCUAUUUUGUUUCAAUUUCAGAGAGAUAUAGUGAGUAACCACAACCUUACGCACUAGACAAUUGUACAUCAACAUCAUGCUCUGAACAACAACAAACCCCCACCAAUUAAAACUUCUGCAAGUGGGUUUUCUCUGUAACCUCCAAAUCUUACUUCUUUCCUCUGUGGUUUUUCUUUGUUUGGUCCAGUCAUGGCCUCCUCAAUGCUCAAUGGAGCUGAAAACCUCACUCUGAUUAGAGGCAUAACCCCUAAAGGGCUAGGCUUCUGGGGGUCUGAUUUGCAAGGGAGGCACUUUUCUAAAGUGAAUGUAGUCGCUAGUACUAGAAUUUCAAAGACAAGAACUUUGACACCCAUGUGCAGUUUAUCAGCCUCUAGGCCAGCUUCCCAGCCCAGAUUUAUCCAACACAAGAAAGAGGCCUUUUGGUUCUAUAGGUUUCUCUCAAUUGUGUACGACCAUGUGAUAAAUCCUGGGCACUGGACCGAGGACAUGAGAGAUGAGGCACUUGAGCCUGCAGAUCUCAGUGACAGGAAUAUGUUGGUGGUGGAUGUUGGUGGUGGCACUGGUUUCACCACUUUGGGUAUAGUUAAGCACGUGGAUGCCAAAAAUGUUACCAUCCUUGAUCAAUCUCCACACCAACUUGCAAAGGCAAAGCAGAAAGAACCUUUGAAGGAUUGUAAGAUUAUUGAGGGCGAUGCUGAGGAUCUACCAUUUCGUACUGAUUAUGCGGAUAGAUAUGUGUCUGCUGGGAGUAUUGAGUACUGGCCUGAUCCACAACGUGGCAUCAAGGAAGCAUACAGGGUUUUGAAACUAGGGGGCAAAGCCUGCGUGAUUGGUCCAGUGUACCCAACAUUCUGGUUGUCUCGCUUCUUUGCUGAUGCUUGGAUGCUCUUCCCAAAGGAGGAAGAGUACAUCGAAUGGUUCCAGAAGGCGGGAUUUAAGAAUGUUCAACUGAAGAGGAUUGGCCCAAAAUGGUAUCGUGGUGUUCGUAGGCAUGGGCUGAUCAUGGGAUGUUCUGUAACCGGUGUUAAACCUGCAUCCGGAGAUUCUCCUUUGCAGCUUGGUCCAAAGGCAGAGGAUGUGACAGAGCCUGUAAAGCCAUUCGUGUUCCUUAUGCGCCUCAUUUUGGGUGCCAUGGCAGCAACGUACUAUGUGUUGGUUCCCAUCUAUAUGUGGCUCAAAGAUCAAAUUGUACCCAAAGGUAGACCAAUCUAAGGGAGGGGUCGAGCUGCUCGUAAUUGCUGUGUUGACAUGCUUUUUCCUUCUCUCACUCUGUUUUCUUCAUUUCUGCCCCUCACAAUCCUGGUGUGCGGCCUCGAGUUUCUCAAAUAACCUUAAGUCAUAGGCACGCUGUUAUACCCAAACUUUAGCAGUGUAAUAAACUUAAGAUAGUUGUUUAUUUACUUUGCAGAAAAUUGUUCGUGAAGUUUAAUUCA